AUGCAGCUCUCUCUUGCCCUGUGUCUCGUCUGCCUGCUGGUACACGCAGCCUUCCGCGUGGUGGAGGGCCAGGGGUGGCAGGCCUUCAAGAAUGAUGCCACGGAAAUCAUCCCCGAGCUGGGCGAGUACCCCGAGCCUCCACCAGAGCUGAACAACAAGACCAUGAACCGGGCAGAAAACGGAGGGAGGCCUCCCCACCACCCCUUUGAGACCAAAGACGCCUCCGAGUACAGCUGCCGCGAGCUGCACUUCACCCGCUACGUGACGGACGGGCCGUGCCGCAGCGCCAAGCCGGUCACCGAGCUGGUGUGCUCGGGCCAGUGCGGCCCGGCGCGCCUGCUGCCCAACGCCAUCGGCCGCGGCAAGUGGUGGCGCCCGAGCGGGCCCGACUUCCGCUGCAUCCCCGACCGCUACCGCGCGCAGCGGGUGCAGCUGCUGUGUCCGGGCGGCGCGGCACCGCGCGCGCGCAAGGUGCGCCUGGUGGCCUCGUGCAAAUGCAAGCGCCUCACCCGCUUCCACAACCAGUCCGAGCUCAAGGACUUCGGGCCGGAGGCCGCCCGGCCACAGAAGGGCCGGAAGCCGCGGCCCCGCGCCGGGGGCGCCAAAGCCAACCGGGCCGAGCUGGAGAACGCCUAUUAG